AUGGUGCCUGGCACCGCGUAUCGUACUUUACCAACGACCCUGGACCCAGGCCUCUCCCAAAAUGGCCACCUGCAGGUCACUUCAACGCCCGGUGGGAACUCUUGGGAACUCUCCUCCCUGGUACUCGGUACUCUGCACAUCCACACCCUCCUGGACGGCGGCUGGAGGCGCAUAUCCUCGUUGCAGGAGCAUGCGGGAGUCCAAAGCCCUACAUGGACACAAGCAAAGCGCGAGAGCCAAUCAAUCGCCCCUGUUGCAGUCGCCAUCAGUGGCGCUGCUCUCCAAUCCCAUCUUGCCGCCGAGGCCUCCUCUGCUGAUGCCAUGCCAUGA